AAUGGGGAAAAGCCAAGUAUCCAUCCAAGAUGGCGGCCUCCAUGGAAUAGUUUACAUUCGCAGCAGAAGCAGAUUUGCAGCAUGGCCAGAUAUUCGAGAAAAAAGACUCACAAAGGGUACACAGCAGCACACAAAAAUGACAAAACGAAGCGGAGAACGAAGGACCUCGACCAAGUGCACGACGAUAUGAAGCCGGAAAACGCGGACAAAUUGCUGAAUCAAGACGUGGACUACGAUUUGCCCGGUGCAGCUCAGUACUACUGCUUACACUGCGCACGGUAUUUUAUCGACAACAACUCGUUGAACGAUCAUAUGAAAAGCAAGAACCACAAACGAAGGUUGAGAGCAUUAGAAGAAGACCCAUACACCCAAGAGGAAGCAGAAGCUGCUGCUGGUAUGGGAAACUACAGUGCACCCAAGAGGAAGAGAGUGGAAACGCAACCACGCAAGGUGGAAACUUAAACAGACACUUUGGUGUGAAUAAAAUUCCAUUCAGUAAAAUUGC